UCGACAGCUCCGGAGUUUCCAGAGCUCAGUGAAGAAAAGAAAAAAAAAGAAAAAAAAAGAUGAGGAGCUGCUCUCUUCUGCCGAACAACGAAGAAAGACUUAAAGUUCAACAGAAAAGAAAGGAGCUCAGAUAAUCGACUGCGAUGAAAUGUGCGUCCAAAAGUGCGGGAUUGACUUUAAAAACAAAGCGAACUGCAAGCAUCCAGAGUUGAACACAGUGGACACCGCGCUCCCUGCUCAAGUCUGACCUCCAGUGUCGGCAGCUGGUAUUUUUUAGACAAUGAUCAACUCUCAGAUCCAGCUCCACUACAACUACACAGGAAAGCUGGCCAACCGGCCAAGCAUUGGCGCGAGCCCCGGCACUGUGGACACCAAAACCGUAGUUUUCCUCAUCGUUUGCAGCUUCAUCGUCUUGGAGAACCUCACAGUGCUUGUAGCCAUAUGGAGGAACCACAGGUUCCACAACCGCAUGUACUUCUUCAUCGCUAACCUGGCAAUGUGCGACCUGCUGGCUGGAGUCGCUUACCUGGUCAACCUGCUCCUGUCUGGAGAGAAGACCCUGCAGCUCUCACCUGCUCUCUGGUUUGUGAGAGAGGGGAGCAUGUUUGUAGCACUUGGAGCCUCCAUUUUCAGUCUCCUGGCUAUUGCUAUAGAGAGACACCUUACUAUGAUCAAAAUGAGGCCUUAUGAUGCGAACAAGAACUACAGGGUAUUUCUGCUCAUAGGGACCUGCUGGCUGAUUGCUAUAUCUCUUGGAGCUUUGCCUAUUCUGGGCUGGAACUGCCUGAAUAACCUCCCUGAUUGCUCCACAAUCCUCCCUCUUUACACCAAGAAAUAUGUUGCUUUCUGCAUCACGGUUUUCAUACUUUUGCUCUCAGCCAUAGCCAUCCUGUAUGCCCGCAUCUACAUCUUGGUCAAGUCCAGUAGCCGAAAGGUGAGCAAGCACAGCAGUUCAGAGCACGCCAUGUCCCUACUGCGCACUGUCAUCAUCGUAGUUGGAGUUUUCAUCGCCUGCUGGACUCCCCUCUUUGUCCUGCUCCUGGUGGAUGUAGCGUCCGAGCAGAGGUCCCCCAUUCUUUACGAAGCCCACUGGUUCAUUGGGCUGGCGGUGCUCAACUCUGCGAUGAACCCAGUCAUCUACACUCUGGCCAGCCGCGAGAUGAGGCGAGCUUUCCUGGGUCUGGUUUGCGGCUUUUGCUACAGGGCAAAGGCGUCUGUGAAUGGAAGCGGAAACAGACAGUCCCUGGAGCCCAGCCGCAGCAGGAGCAAGUCGUGGAGCAGCCAGAACCAGCAGGGCUCCAGGCAGUCAGAGCCGGAGAGAGGACAGGAGUCAGACAGGGGCCACGGAGAGGUUUCAGUGGUGGCUGGAGCAAGCAGAGGUACCGCUGAGGCUGCGAGUGACAGAGAAGAUUAAAAGGAG